UGUGCAGUAAACUCGGACGUUACAUAAUGUAAAAGCGUUCGCGAAUAUAUUAAGAGAUUUCCAAUAUUACACCAUUAUCAACCUUUGUCAUUGAAGAAAUAAUCUUUCAGUGUUUAACUCCCUUCGAUUUUUUUAUUGCCAAUUGCCUUCUCUUUUGAAAUGUUAAUAAUGCCAACAUUGGUAGUGAAAUUAUUGCUCUAUAAUAGGGGUUGUUUGAGUACUUGUGGUCGAAUUGUGUCAAGAGAGUGCAAAGCUCUCUGCUCCGACUUUAGAAAUUAAAGUAAAAAACAACCACUAUUAGCGUAAUCUCGAACCGUAGGACAAAUAUCAAUAUCAUAGAAGUUAUACUAAAUAAACAACUAACUCGAAAGCUAGACGAGAAACACGCGAGAAGCGUGCUCUCUCUCUCUAAAAGGCGAGGCCGUAUCUUCUUAUUUUUCGGUGCCGGUUAAUAAAUGGCUAUUGCCGUUAGAAUAGAAUCCAUAGGUUGACUCAACGACUCUACGAGUUGUCUUCGUAGACAUCGAUUGUGCCGCCAUCGUAACAGUUGUCGCUGUCGCUGGCGUUGGCGUUGUCAGCGUUGACUUUGCUGUUAGUUUAUGUAUUGUCGCAUUAAACAAAUUCAAAAUUUGCUCCUAAGUUUAUUUAAUGUGUUGGACUCGUCGUGAACGCAACAAUCACUCGCGCUUUAUAAGUCCGAUUGCCUGUUGAUUUUCGGUAAAAACUAUGAAAAACAAUAAACUGUUUUAAAACAAAAUUUGUUAAACUUUUAGUAACCCCUUUCGUCUUAAAUCGGUUCAAAUUAUUUGAAGUGUCCUAUGAUUGUGUGGAUAAAGUGGAAUGUGACGACAAGACCAAAUAUUUAUUAGUAAUUAAGAAUGCAAAUAAAAUGUGCAAACAAGUUGUAACAACCAGUAAAGGUUAAAAAAAAAGAAAGUUACCAAUUUUAUACAGUUUGAAAACUAAAAGUGCCUAAUGUUUGUGUUUAAUAUUUUUUACAAAAGUCUCCUAAAUAAGAAAAAUAAGAUGAAAAACUUAGAAUUAUAAAGCUGCUUAUUAAAUACAUGUAUAUUAAAAAGUGACUUAUCAAAUUAGUGUUAAAGAAAUACGGAUUAUUAAGACGAUUUAGUAUAUUUACUAAACUGCUAAUAUGCAUAUUUAUGUACAUACAUACAUAUGUACAUAUAUGCAAAUCUCGCAAUAAAAACUGAAGCUUGAAAUCUGUUUAAAAAUCAAAUUUUGUUUUGAAUGUCUUUGGAUCUGCCUUCGUAAAUAGAUUUUUAUAUAAGACUCAAAAUUAGUCUAACGUUACAGAGAAAUGAGGAUGGAUUAUAUGGGCGGCGAAAAAAUUCAUACUUUAUGAAUAUAAAUUUGAAUGUGAUACAAGUAAUAAAAAUAAAUUAAGAAAUAAUAACAAAAAGGAAGUUUGAAACACGCCAUUCAACGCUUUUAUCUGUGAUUUUGCGCUGUAAUAAUUCGCAUUAAUAUAUAUUGUUUUGGGCUUUGGUCUAAAAACGAAAUUAAAACCAUAAGACAACAUAAUGUUUAACCUCAACACACCAUCGUCAUUGCUGGGCAUCGAUUGCUCUGGCCUAAGCACUACACCAAAAACUCCUGAAAUUGUGAACUCUUUAAUCGCAAUGACAAAUCCGAUGGACAACUAUAGCUUCGCACCUUUAAAUAAUGAUUCAGCUGCGUCAACUCCUGGUAGCGCUGUCUCAAUGCGUAGCUUUAAUGGAACCUCGAUCGCCCAGAUCAUAUCGCAAGAUAGUAGUCAUUCCAGUUCUUCAACAUCACCUGCAGACUCGCCUAGUGGGAUAAAUACUACACCAAGUGUUCAACAGACGUGUUCUCAACUCAUUAAGGCUGGACUUAAGCUUUCAAUUCAAAGCAAGCGAAAACUGUCAACUUGCGAUUCAAGCUCUAGCUCCGAUCAGCCAAACUCCAAAUAUUCCCGUCCAGAUGAAGAUGGCGAGGAAUCAACGGAUGAAGAAACUGAAUGUAAGACGUCUUCAAAAGGCCUCACACCAGAAGAUGAGGAUCGACGGCGACGACGCCGCGAACGCAAUAAAAUCGCUGCUACUAAAUGUCGUAUGAAGAAACGCGAGCGCACACAAAACCUUAUAAAAGAGUCGGAGCAAUUGGAAACCCAAAAUGUUGACUUAAAAACCCAAGUUCGGUCUUUAGAAGUUGAACGUCGCAAAUUACUUGAUAUGUUGCAAGGCCAUUCAACAACUUGUAUACAUGCAGGUGGAUUAAAUUUACCUUCUAAACUAUUGCAUUCACCAGCUCAUAAGUACCUCACCGCCAUUGAUAUGGAUGACAAUAGUACUGCCAAUGGAGACAUGUCUACAGCAAACGCCACAGUUAAUAGAAUUCAGUCCCAAACGCAACAACAAGUUCAAGUUAACAACACUUUCAGUAAUCAGUCAACUCAUGGAACACAACGCACCGCAAUCCCACCAAUGUCAACCAUCAAAUUUCCACGGAAUGCCGCAGCUGUUGCCGCUGCUGUUAAUCACCAACUGCAUCAACUACCAACACAACAACAGCAUUUGCCAAAUGGCUAUUGCAAGCCGUCACCAACGCCACAGGAGCUUGGAUAUAUAACUUCUCCAUCACAAGAAAAUAUAUGCUUGCCUGCAAACUUACCGAAACUUUCGUCACAAUCUUCUGCUACCCCCCAAAUUGGAAGUGCCCCCGUAGUUUCUUCCAUUAACCAACAGCUCUCUGAUUACAUUCCUAACUGUGAAAAUAGUCUUGGUUUGGUAUUAGCUAAUACUCCCACCUCGGUUCAAAGCAACGACGACGGCAGUGUAUUACUUGGUGACAUUGUUAGCCCCAUUUCAGUCAUGCCUACACCUACGACGGCGACAGAAUUCGUAAAAAAUGAGCUAGUCGACUCGCAAAGCCCCUACACCACCGCUCAAUCAGCAGAACGUUUCCUUUUUGAGAGUAAUUGUGACAGUUACGUAGACAUUAAACAUGCUGUCAGCUUACAUCAUGGAAGUCUCAGUAAUAACAACAACAACAAUAAUAGCAUCACAGCUCUACAUCAAAGCAGCAAUAACAACCUUAUGGAUUUCAAUACCUCACUGAUAGGUGGAAGUAGUGGGAUUGUACCUUUCCACGAUCAAAUAUCGAUUAAAAAUGACUACUUGCACGACACCGAUUUGUUGGCACAACUCACCGGAGAUGGUGCUGAAUUUGUGGACCUUGAUUCUAGUGUUGCGGCAACAUUCAUGACAAACAAUGGAUGUUUGGCGUAAAUUCGAUUUAAUAGUUAUUGAGAAAAUUAGAAUAUGUUUUUUCUUUAAAUUGAAACAUUUAGCAUCCCAGUGAAUAUGAUAAUCAUGCAAUUAUUAAGGCUAAAGUAAAUAAAAGGUAAAUAGUCAAACAGAGGCAGCACUGACUACAAAUGAAAGGUUAGUCAAAGUAUGUGUAUGCUUCUCCAAUCAAAACAUCCUAGAAUUGAAGUAAGUAAAAGGUAGUCUAGGCUUCACAAAACUGGUACGGGAUUUCAAUAACACAUGCGUAUACACUUCUAAAUGUGUUUUAAGUCUUCCACUAAGUAAUGCUGAAUUUAUUUAUAUGCUUACAUUUUUUACAUUUGAUUAUUACCUUCCAAAAACAAUUUGAUUAUUUCCAUACCAGUUAAAUAAAUGAAGCCCAGUUACCACCAAUCUCGAAUAUAUUAAUUGACUUGGUGGUUUUAAUACAUAAUUCAAAUAAAAUCAAGUAUUUUAGACGAGAACUUUCGGUGGCUUUACUAUCUCAAAGAUUCAUAGAAACGAGAUAAUCUGUUAAAUUUCGUUACAAUCUGCAAAUUGGUAAUUGUAGGGCUUUCAUAUAUUGGGAAUAGCACUAAGGGAAUUUUUGUUUUAUAUUUUUUCUAUUGACAUACAUAGCAUUCCAAAACUACAAAACCAGUAGAUAUAAAAUUUAAUUGCUAAAUAUUUUAUAAACAUAGCUAUUUGAAGAAUCACAUCCGCAGCAGUAAUUACUAUUUUUAAUAGCAACAAUAUUUAUUUUAUUUUAUGCUUAAUGAAAGGCACACUUUGUUAUACGAGUAUCAAGGUCCGAUAAAAGUAAACAGAUCUGAGUGAAAUUCUAGAAAAUCAAAGUCAAACUGCAAUGAAUUACAUACUAAUUAUGGUAAUAUGUUAAUGAGAUUAGGUGUGUAGAAAGCCCAUCAUUUUUAUAUAUACUAAUUUCAAAAUCUUAUAUACAAAGAUUUCUAUAUGCGAAGGUUAGGUUAUGCAGAAUAACUGAGCUACGUGAUUGAUAUUUUUUAUAUGCUUUCUAAACCUUUAUGUAUAGUUGUAUUUAUUUUAUGUAGGUUUUAAUUGUACAGAUAUUUUUAUUUUGCAAUUUAGUAUUUAAACAAAAAUUUAUGAUAUUAUAUAUAAGUGAUAUAUGUGCGCAUAUGUAUGAGGUUCCAUAUAUAUGCAGUAAUUUAAGAAUGCCUUAUAUAAACAGAACUAGCAACAACCAAUGUAACAUACGAUCUGCUUAAAACUAAACUCAGCUAACCUCAUAUUUUAUAAAUAUAUUAAUGUAUAAAACUAAUAUACUAAAAUAAACAAAAAAGAAAUGAUGUUUACAACCGAAAGUUAAAAAUAUGCGAUGUUCAAUGUUGCCUUAAAUGUUCAUUCAAACGAAUAUAAUCUGAAAACAAAUCAACAAUACGAAAUAGUUUGAAUUUGAAUAAAGAGUUACCAUUCUAAAAGUGCGCUUAAAAGAAAAUAUUUCUAUUUUUCAAAUUAUACACGUACAGAAAUCUAUAUUAAAGAUGUAAAUCGCCAUGCACAUUUGUUUGUAAUCAAUACAAAAAGGUUUUUGCAUCGAAAAUUGUAUUAGAAUAGAAAAGUUCAACGAAUUAAAAUGAAAUAAAUAUAUGCGCCGGUUGCGGUUUAUAAAAUUAAGUGGUCAAAAUUUGCAUGUAUGGGUGUUAAUAAAAAUCACUUAAGACAUAAAUGACACAACUUGGCUCAUUUUAAAUAAAAUAUAUGCGGUUGCAUGUGCCUUCAUUAUAAUGCUUCUUUUUUAGUAAAUAACGAUUAAAAUAUUAAAUGUGUGAUGUGUAAAUAAAAAAAAAAAAACAUUGGAAUUUUACUAUAUUCAGAAUUGAGCAUGAAGUUAAAUAUUUGGAUCUAAUAUUCUCUUUGAUGCAAUUGAUAUAAAAGAUACAGAUAUACACAUGUUUAUGGUCUAAAAGUAACGAUGGGACCGAAUAAUAGUUGUACAAAUUAUUACGGUUUUGCAGAUUUUUGCAAAACGAACUUAAUCACAAUGUAUAAGUGCCUAAUAAUGUAUGUAUGUAUGGUAUAAUAUAUAACAAAAAUUUAAAACGAAAAGAAAAUGGCAGUAGCAAAACAAAAACAAAAUACAAAACAAAUGGCUUUCCUUAUUUAAUGAAUAAUGUUUUACAUGUACAUAUUCACGUACUCAAAAAUAUACCAUGACUAAAGUUUCAACGUUUGAAAAAUUUAUUAUAUGAAAUGUAUUAGUUUAAUAUAAGGCAACAAUGCCAAAGAAAUGCGAAAAGCUAUAAAAUACUUUCCUAUUUGUGAAAAUAAGUGACGACAGGCAGACCUACAUAUGUACAUAUGUAUAUAGAAUAGGAAAUCAUCAUUGGCUUUCAUACCACUCUAUUUAACAUUUAUUCAGAUAUAGAAGCAUUUGAGUAUUCAUAUUGACAUGAAUUCUAUGGAGCCGCAAAAAAUGUGUGUAUAUGUAUAUUUAAGAGGCACUCUAAUUAACAAAUUAGGCAACAAAAUUACCACAACAAAUUAUAACUAAUCCAAAAAUACUUAUAUGAUGUUCGAAUCAAAUGUUUAAUCGGCAAUUAAAUAUUACAGAAACAAACAAAAAAAAUUAAAUAAAAAAUUCACAAGAAAGAAAAUUAUAUAUAAUUCUGCAUAAAAUUAAAUAACAGUCAUUGAAUCAGUGCUUAUUAAUAAGCAAUUGCCAACAACUGCACAUUUUUUUAAACGAAAAUGAAACAUAAAUAAAUAUUUGUUGUCUAUUUUUGAGUCAGCUAUUUCAAAAUAUUAAACUUGAACCUAUCACCAGUGGAAAAAAGUACAAAAUAGGAAAAUAAUUUUAGGUUACACUAAUUUUUUGUAAAUUGAAUUACCUAAAGAAAAUUUAUAAACAAAUAAAUUAAGUCAGAAUUUAGCGCUACAAAAGUACCUGCUCGGUAUACAGUACCUUUUGAAUGGCGUAAAACAGCUUGAACAAUCUAAAGAAUUUUUUCAUAAAUAAACUUACAGAUUAUCUUAUGUGCAAUUGUUGGUAGUUUUAUAUUUCAAUUACAUAAAAAACAAAACAAAAAAAAAUGUCUAUAAUGUCCAUAAUGUACGAUGUUAUAAUAUCGAUUGAUUCAAAGCUUUCCAUGUAUUUAUUUCAAGAGGUAGUUAUGAGUGUCAAAGGGCUUACAAAUAAAAUAAUAUUAACAUGUUUUUGACGUGUGCAAAAACAUACUUAAAUAUAUGUAUUUGUAUUACGCCUAGUCUCCAGGAUAAUCCAAGCCAACAAAUAUAUACAUAUAUUAAAUAUAUGCCUGUUUGUUUAUAGAAUGAUUCAAUUUAUGUUUUUUUUUUUUAAUUCUUGUUACUAUUUGUUUUAAGAAUUUAUUUUCUGUUGCAUUAUGUUUGUAUAAAGGCAUAUGGUACAAAAUAAUACAAUGUUGUUGAUAUAAAAUAACUUAUUAAUACGUAACCAAAAAAUGCACACCCGUAACCUCAAAUAAUAAACGCUAGAGGCAAAUACCCUGUUAUGUUUAAUUUUGUUUUACUUUUGAUUGUAUUGGAUUAUAUGUUUUAGUAGAUUAUAUGUAUGUAUAUUUAUGCAGACAUACAACUAAAAUCUUGUCAACUUUACAAUAAUAUGAAACAUUUAUAUGUACAUGUCUGUAUAUUUAUCACAACUGUAAAGUGAAUAAUUGACCAAUUUCGCAAUAAUGCACUUUUUAAAACAGCAUUGGUUCGAUGUUAGAUAUUCGACCUCACAUAAGUUCGACAAAACAAGAAAAGAAGUCUACCGUAUUUAAAUGAAAAACACUAUAAAAAAUGUUAUUAAAAUGGCACUCAAUAAAGUACUUACGUACUAUAUACAAACAUAUUUUGGGACAGGUGCACAUUCGUGGAAAAUUAAAAAAUAAAAUACUAAUUACUAAAGGAUGAAGUACUAAAACCAAAAAUAAAAAUAAAUGCAUUAAAACAGC